AAUGUUCUGCCCUUGCGUUGUACGGUGUACCAUUCCAUAAGGCCUCCACACCGUUUCUGCAACGUCGACUAGGAAAAAUGGGUGACAAUAGCCAACGAUCGGCUGCAUAAGGUUUACCUUUGCCUUGGAUGCGUUCACUGGCAAAAUACUACUAACAAUGUCGCAUUCAUUACUCACAACCACGCAAUUAAAAGGACUAGUGCUGCAAGGUGCUCCUGACCUUCGGGUGCGACAAUCUUAUUGCUGGAUCGCGUGCAUGACUGUGGGUACUCGAAACUGUAUCAGGCUACGGAGUACGGUGCAGACUCUUCAGAAAGACAUCCUUGCUCUCUUGGGCAUUCCCCAAAGUGCACCGGCACGGCGGCACCUCCAAAAGAGGGCAGUACAGCCAAUACUCCAUGCCCGAGGACUCCACUCUUCACCUGGAUAGUGGCGGAUAAGUGGAGCAUUAGCCUUCGUAUCGAAGCAUCAUUGGUUCGAUCAAUGGCGGCGCACGGUGCCUGGGACUAAACCUUAAGUGGGGGGGGGGGAUUCUCAUUCGGAGUGGAGCUUACGCUGGAAGUUGAAAACAAUCAAGAUUCCCGGUUCUCGCCAGUGAUGUGGAGUAACUGUCAAACCAUUUCACCAUGGGAGCUGCAAGACGCCAAAAAUCGCCACGGUCGGACUCGGAAUCCCCGCCGAGGGAGGGAAACGCAGAGGACAAUGACGAGCAGGCGGGAGAGCUGGAUGAUGGCACAGAUUAUUCUGAUUAUUACGAGGAGUUUCAUCAUAUGUUCACAAUGCUUCUCGGAAACAGGCUGUGUCUUGCCCCUAUCUCAGAUGAUGUCCAGAGAGUGCUCGACGUCGGUACUGGAACGGGGAUAUGGGCUAUUGACUUUGCGGAUGAAUACCCCUCCGCAGAGGUCAUUGGGACUGACCUAUCACCAACUCAACCCAGCUUUGUCCCGCCAAACGUGCAAUUCGAGAUCGACGACGCAGAAGAUUCAUGGGCAUACCCUGAGAACCAUUUCGAUUUAAUCCACGUGCGUGCACUCUACGGGGCGAUUUCCAACUGGCCUGCGUUCUAUCGCAACAUGUUGAUCGGUCUACGGCCCGGCGCAUGGUUCGACCAACUAGAGAUGUCAAUCCAGUUCAGAUCGGAUGACGGCACUGUGACCCCCGAACACGUCCUGGCAGAGUGGUCACGUCUAUUCAUCGACGCAGGAGAGAGAUUCGGCAAAACGUUUCGCAUCGCCGACUUAGCCCGCCAACACAUGAUCGAUGCCGGAUUUGAGAAUGUAACCGAGCGGCGAUUCAAGCUCCCUGUUGGUCCUUGGAGCAGGGACGAGCACUACCGACAGUUGGGGAGGUGGAAUUUGCUGCAUUGCGAGCAGGGUAUCGAAGGAUGGUCCAUGGCAUUGCUCACUCGUGUGAUGGGGUGGAGCUAUGAGGAAGUGCAGGUAUUCUUGGCCAAGAUGAGGAAAGGAUUGCGCGACUAUUCUAAGAUCCAUGCCUAUUUCUACGUGUAA